AUGGGACUUAAAGGCAAUGAUUGUGUUAAAGCUAAAUAUUAUUUUUAUGCAAUUCAAAAUAAUGGUAUUCGCAUGGAUAUUGGACGUGCCUCACAUGACUUUAAAUAUUGGACCCAAACUAGCAGAUACAAUGUUAAUAUGCAAAGUUUGCUCCAAAUUGACGGUUCUAUUACACUUGGAUGUGAUGUUGAGUUUACUUUGGAAGACCUCAUCCUCGAAUAUAUUAAAAAGGAUGAAUCUGCACUUUACUCUAAAGCUUUGCUUCAAAAUAUGUGGCAGAAUAAGGAAUUUAUGGAUUGUGUUAUUGAGAUUGGUGAGGUGUCGAUUAAUGCACAUCGAAGCGUAUUAGCUCAAAAUAGUGAAGUUUUUCGACGAAUGUUGUACACGAGUGGAUUCAGUGAAGGACAAAAUGUACGCAAAACGCGUAAAAGAUCUUAUCAAGCUAUUAAUAAUGGGAUAGUCAAAAUUACUGAUUGUUCGUCGGAAUGUUUCCAAGCAAUGUUGGAAUAUUGUUAUACUGGAAUUGUUUCUGAUGACAUUUUGGAGGGCUUCGCGGAGGAGCUCUUUACUGUUGCUCAUAAAUAUGAAAUUUCUCCACUUAAAGAAAAAUGUGAAAAUUUCAUUGCUGCUUGUAUUGGAGUUUGUGAUAUCUCACGAAUUUGUCAAAUUGUCCAUCUUUAUGGUUCUUCAAUUUUGGAGAAGGUUGUUUGGGUUUGA